AUGGGCUACCUCGGUCAAAUUUUCGCCGUCAUUCAGGACGCCCCAGGUCAACAGCCUGGCAACACGAUCCGAGUCGUUGAUAAUAACGGCGCAGAUAUAAAUGGUGGAUUUGAUGGAAAAUUUAUCUGGCUUGUCGCAGAUUUCCACGAUAACAAGCCAAGUGCGAUCUCGCAAAUUCGAAUUGACAUUCAGGAUGAGCAGGAUAAUGGCCGCCAGGAUCUUGCAGCUGGAACAGGAGGGAAAUUCCGCUAUUUGGCUUGGAGAACUGAUGGCAACGAAAAGAUCACCGAGGUUCAGCUUCUUCGCCGCCAGAGCCCAGUCAGCUGGGAGACUCUGAGGGACUUGGGAUUCGAGGGUAUGUCAAAUGACAUCAAUGCAGGCCGAGGUGGUGAUUUCUUGCAUCUUGUGUGGAAAUAUUGAGAUCGCUAGCUGUCCUAGUCCAGCAUCAAUGUGACCUAGAGGGAUGCAACUAGGCUCGAUAUCUUUUUACGACAGAUUUUUGAGCUUGCAAAGUCAAGUGUCAUAACAUGGCAUAGCUCAAGGCAUCUGGAGAGGUUCGGUAUGAUUAUGAUAGAACAAAGGAAACCCGAAAUGAGAUAUGG